GGGGGAUCAAGAACCGGAAGACGCGGUGGCGUUCCUGAAAACGGCGCCAGGAGGGUCCCGGUGCUCGGGAGGCGCGUUUCGGCCGUCGCUGGGGGCGGGGCCAGGGGCGGGGCCUGGCCUCGUUGUGGAGCGGCUCGUAAUCCAUCAUGGCGGCCGCGGGGGUCUGGGUUCGUUCCUGAGCCGUGCUGGAGCCGGAGCCGGUUCCCGGGUCCUGCAACUGAGGAGGGUCCCUGUUGUCCACGGCCCACACCUGCGGGAGGAGGCUGGACCCCGCGGCGGAGCUCGAGGGAUGUGACGGCCUGGCGGUGGCGGCAACGUCUGGGGCCGGAGGAGGGGGUGUCUCGGGCAGAGACCCCCAGGCUCAGGGCAGCUGAGGCGGCCGGGCCUCCUCCCCCUUCCGCCGUCUCCCCGCCUCGGAGCCCCGAGAGUCUUUCAUCUCUUACAGCCCCGCUCCGGCUCUGGGACCCUGGGGGUGGUCUCUGUUUCCCUUAGUCCUGGGACACCCGGCUUCCGGAGGCGUGGAGCAGCGUCGCCCCCAGUAAGCCUCCCGUGCCGCGCCCCGGCAGCCUCUCUCUCACCCUCGAUCUUUCUCUGGGUCCGACUCUCAGCCCCAGAUUUGGCCUCGGAGCCCCCCCAUUCAAAUCCCCUCCCUGCUGUCAGGUGGCCUCCCCUUCCCCCUCAGGUUGCUCCCGGGAGCCCCCCAAUGCCCUGACUUCUCCCAAUGUCACCUACGGCCCCCCUAGUCUCAGCCCUGCCAAGAACUUUAAUGCAAAGGAAAAGUCUGGACUCGUUUCACAGGCCUUUUAAAAAGCGGACUUAAAAGUUGCUGGCAAUGCAUUCCUGCCCGUGAGAGUCGAGGGCGAGCUCUCGCUGAAGUCGGGGUGACCCGUGUCCUUUUCCGGAGAGCGGGGCAGAGGAGCGGCGGCGAGCGCGGCAGGAAGUCUGUCCGAAGAUGAAGAAGCCAGGGGCUGGGUGAGCUCCACAGGAAAGGUGCUGCAGCCGCCUCCGAGGACGACCACCCUUGCCUUUCCGCGUGGGAAGCGAAAUCGCUUCAGUACGACUGACCCCUCUCCAGCAUCUCCUGUGAAUGUGUCUGUUUAGGUUUUUCUCCUUGGAAGAAAUCGUCAUGCAGCCAGUCAGAGACACUUAAGGUCAAGAAACCUUUGGGUAGCCUUGCCAUCACAUUGCUCCUAACAGACACACCGCGAAAAUAAUCGCACCUCGCGUGCACAGCGCCCCCCGAAAAACUGCUUCCUUGGGUGCUGGAAGGUGUCUGGUGGCGCUUGACCUCGGUUACCCGCGCGCGGACAUGCGGUCAAUGUGAAAUCCCGCAGGUCCGUGGGCUCUCGUCCCUCUAAGCUCACUGACCAUUCCGGAAGGUCUCGGACCCUCUUCUGGAAAGGGAUACCUAUCCUUACUUUAUGGGGCAGCAGCCUGGCAAAGUUCUGGGGGACCAGCGACGGCCGAGUCUGCCUGCCCUGCACUUCAUCAAAGGCGCAGGGAAGAAGGAGCCGCCCAGGCAUGGGGGGCCGCACUGCAACGUGUUUGUGGAGCACGAAGCCCUCCAGAGGCCGGUCACGUCCGACUUCGAGCCCCAAGGCCUGAGCGAAGCAGCCCGCUGGAACUCCAAGGAAAACCUCCUGGCCGGUCCCAGUGAGAACGACCCCAACCUGUUCGUCGCGCUAUACGACUUCGUGGCCAGCGGGGACAACACUCUCAGCAUAACUAAAGGCGAGAAGCUCCGGGUGCUGGGCUACAAUCACAAUGGGGAGUGGUGCGAGGCCCAGACCAAGAACGGCCAGGGCUGGGUCCCGAGCAACUACAUCACGCCCGUCAACAGCCUGGAGAAGCACUCCUGGUACCACGGGCCGGUGUCGCGCAACGCGGCCGAGUACCUGCUGAGCAGCGGCAUCAACGGCAGCUUCCUGGUGCGGGAGAGCGAGAGCAGCCCCGGGCAGAGGUCCAUCUCGCUGAGAUACGAGGGGCGGGUGUACCACUACCGCAUCAACACCGCUUCCGACGGCAAGCUCUACGUCUCCUCCGAGAGCCGCUUCAACACGCUGGCCGAGCUGGUGCACCACCACUCCACCGUGGCGGACGGGCUCAUCACCACCCUGCACUACCCGGCGCCCAAGCGCAACAAGCCCACGGUCUACGGCGUGUCCCCCGACUACGACAAGUGGGAGAUGGAGCGCACCGACAUCACCAUGAAGCACAAGCUGGGGGGCGGCCAGUACGGCGAGGUGUACGAGGGCGUGUGGAAGAAGUACAGCCUGACCGUGGCCGUGAAGACCCUGAAGGAAGACACCAUGGAGGUGGAAGAGUUCCUGAAGGAAGCCGCGGUGAUGAAGGAGAUCAAGCACCCCAAUCUGGUGCAGCUGCUCGGGGUGUGCACCCGGGAGCCCCCGUUCUACAUCAUCACCGAGUUCAUGACCUACGGGAACCUGCUGGACUACCUGAGGGAGUGCAACCGGCAGGAGGUGAACGCCGUGGUGCUGCUGUACAUGGCCACGCAGAUCUCGUCGGCCAUGGAGUACCUGGAGAAGAAAAACUUCAUCCACAGAGACCUCGCCGCCCGGAACUGCCUGGUGGGGGAGAACCACCUGGUGAAGGUGGCUGACUUCGGCCUGAGCAGGCUGAUGACGGGGGACACCUACACGGCCCACGCCGGGGCCAAGUUCCCCAUCAAGUGGACGGCGCCCGAGAGCCUGGCCUACAACAAGUUCUCCAUCAAGUCCGACGUCUGGGCCUUUGGAGUGCUGCUUUGGGAGAUUGCCACCUAUGGCAUGUCGCCUUACCCGGGGAUCGACCUGUCCCAGGUGUACGAGCUGCUCGAGAAGGACUACCGCAUGGAGCGCCCGGAAGGCUGCCCGGAGAAGGUCUACGAACUCAUGCGAGCAUGUUGGCAGUGGAACCCCUCCGACCGGCCCUCCUUCGCCGAAAUCCACCAGGCCUUUGAAACCAUGUUCCAGGAGUCCAGCAUCUCCGACGAAGUGGAAAAGGAGCUGGGGAAAAAAGGCAUGCGAGCAGUUGCGAGUACUCUGCUGCAGGCGCCAGAGCUGCCCACCAAGACGAGGACCUCCAGGAGGGCCACGGAGCACAAAGACGGCACCGACGUGCCUGAGGCGCCCCACUCCAGGGGCCCGGGGGAGCCCGAUCCCCCGGACCACGAGCCGGCCGUGUCUCCGCUGCUCCCUCGGAAGGAACGCGGCCCCCAGGAUGGUGGCCUGAACGAGGAUGAACGCCUUCUCCCCAAGGACAAGAAGACCAACCUGUUCAGCGCCUUGAUCAAGAAGAAGAAGAAGACGGCCCCGACGCCCCCCAAACGCAGCAGCUCCUUCCGGGAGAUGGACGGCCACCCGGAGCGCAAGGGGGGGCCCGCGGGGGAGGAGGAGGGCCGCGAGGUGAGCAACGGGGUGCCUGCACUCACGCCCUCGGACGCCACCGCCGAGCCGGCCAAGUCCCCAAAGCCCGGCGGUGGGGCUGCCGUCCCCAACGGAGCCUUUCGGGAGCCGGGGGGCGCGGGCUUCCGGUCCCCCCACCUGUGGAAGAAGUCCAGCACGCUGACCAGCAGCCGGCUCGCGGCCGGCGAGGAGGAGAGUGGCGGCAGCUCCAGCAAGCGCUUCCUGAGGUCCUGCUCCGCCUCCUGCGUGCCCCACGGGGCCAAGGACACGGAGUGGAGGUCGGUCACGCUGCCCCGGGACCUGCCGUCCACGGGGAGGCAGUUCGACGCGUCCACGCUCGGGGGCCACAGGAGUGAGAAGCCGGCCCUGCCCCGGAAGCGGGCGAGUGAGAGCAGGCCCGACCAGGCGACCCGGGGCACGGUGACGCCCCCACCCAGGCUGGUGAAGAAGACGGAGGAAGCGGCCGACGAGGUCUUCAGAGACGCCGCGGAGGCCAGCCCGGGCUCCAGCCCGCCCAGCCUGACCCCGAAACUCCUCCGCAGGCAGGUGGCAGCGGCUGCUGGUCCGCCCCACCGGGAGGAGGCCGGGAAGGCCGCGGCCCUGGGGGCCCCUGCCGCGGCCGAGCCGGUGCCCUUCACCGGCCGGGCAGGGCCAGGCGCCUCUGGAGGGACCGGCAGGGCCCCCGCCGAGGAGCCCAGAGUGAGGAGGCACAAGCCCUCUUCCGAGUCCCCGGGGAGAGACAAGGGGAAGCUGUCCAAGCUCAAGCCUGUCCCACCGCCCCCGCCACCAGCCUCCGUGGGAAAAGCCGGGAAGCCCUCUCAGAGCCCCUGCCAGGAAGCAGCCGGGGAGGCGGGCGCCAGCGGGAAGGCGAAGCCCACGGCGGCGGCUGUGGACUCGGUGAACAGUGACGCUGCCAAGCCCAGCCAGCUGGGCGAGGGCGUCAGAAAGCCUGUGCUCCCGGCCAUGCCGAAGCCCCAGUCGUCCACCAAGCCGGUGGGGACCCCCGCCAGCCCGGCCCCCGCCCCCUCCGCUUUGCCGGCGGCAUCCUCCGCCCUGGCGGGGGACCAGCCGUCCUCCACCGCCUUCAUCCCUCUCAUAUCGACCCGCGUGUCUCUCCGGAAAACCCGCCAGCCUCCCGAGCGCAUCGCCAGCGGCGCCAUCACCAAGGGCGUGGUCCUGGACGGCACCGAGGCCCUGUGCCUGGCCAUCUCCAGGAACUCAGAGCAGAUGGCCAGCCACAGCGCCGUGCUGGAGGCCGGCAAAAACCUCUACACAUUCUGUGUCAGCUACGUGGACUCCAUCCAGCAGAUGAGGAACAAAUUCGCCUUCCGCGAGGCCAUCAACAAACUGGAGAGUAAUCUCCGGGAGCUCCAGAUCUGCCCGGCAACCGCGGGGAGCGGCCCGGCAGCCACCCAGGACUUCAGCAAACUCCUCAGUUCCGUGAAGGAGAUCAGCGACAUCGUGCAGAGGUAGCAGAAGCCAGGCAUCAGGCCAACGGAGCCGCCUGCAGUGUGUAAGGGCUCCGCUGUGCCCGCGAUGGUGGCCGACACGGGACCGGCGCAGGGGACCCGGCCCAGAGCCGAGGGCCGCUGUGGAGCACAGCCCUACUACCUACGCCGCGCCGCGGCUGUGCUCCGGCACGCCCCUCCCGCCCGGUGGGCCUCCUCCCCAUGGGGACCCUCGAGACUGAGCCCUUCCGCCAGCCGGGAAGGCGGGUGAGCACUUUGCCCCUGUGUGUUCCCUCCUGGAGGACUGCCCUCGGCCGUGCCGCCUUCUCCGACCUCCCCAAGAACAAGUGCUCCGAACGGGCGCCGUGUCACCAGGCCUCGGGAACCGCCACCUCACUCACCCGCUGGGGGAGCCUUUGCCCUCACCCUGCCCGAGCACGCCCCCUGUGCCGGAGACACGCUUCCAGAACAGCAUCCUGGGGGGCUCUGCCCGCCGGUCGCUCGGCCCUGCCCCGCUGCCAGGGCUGCUGCCCGCACCUUCGCCUCAUGUGCAGGACAGCUCUUGGGCGGGGGCGGCGGGGGGUAAAACAGGUGCUAACACCAGCCAGCCUUGGGGCCCCGGGAAGGGGGUGGACUGAAAAGGCCCCGGUGUGGGGGAGGGUCCUGUCAUCCUCCCCUGCAGGUCCCCAGGUCCUUGCUCUCCUGUGGCGUGUGUCCCCAGUCCUGGGCGGGAAGCCUGAGGGCGAAGGGCAGCAGGGUCGCUGUCCAGCAUGCAGGGGCCGGGCAGGUGGUGGGGCGGGGGCUGGUGCUGAGAUGGCCCGGGGCUGGGCCUGGGCAGGUCCUCGUCUGGCCCAGGGUUGCCUGCCCGUGGAGUUUCCAGGUGUGCCACAAAGGCACCUGGUCUUGGUUUCUGACAGAUCCCCCCCACCUCCCUUGUACUGCCUGAAACAAGGUAGGGCCUUGCAGGGCCCUUGGCCUUGCGACAAGCCGGCCUUCGGUUUUCUGGAGUUCUGGAGGCAUUCUGCAGCCCCGCCCUCAACACAGUGCAGGUCUGGUACAGGUGUCGGCACCCGCGAGCAAACAAGAGGGAAGGGACCGGGGCACCGAAGCCCCAGCCCGCGUGGGGUGCACCCUCGUGGACAAAUGUCUAUUUAAUGACCUCACGCGACACUUGGCCAUCAGGGAAGAAGAAACCCACAAAGAAAUGAAACCCCAGAAAGUCUCAAAGAGCAAGCCUCGGUGUACCCUUCCCUUGGACUGCCCAGGACCAGGCUUAUGGGGCAGGGGCCAGGUCUCCUUGACCUUGACCUAGAGCAGCUACUGAAGAGUGGGCAGGCACUGGCGGGUGUCCUGCUCCAGGCCCUGGAGCAACCCUUGGAG